UCUGUUGUUUAAUACAAAAGACCAGGAAAUAAAACGCAAGAAAGUACGUGUUCUAAGUAAUAUUGUACCAUUCAUUGACACGCACCUAAAGAACAAUAAUGAAACCAAAUUAACACAAACAACAAAACGGGAAAAGAAAAGGAACUGAUUCGCAAGUAACCAUUCAUGAUACAUCUUCUGACCGCGCAGUAUGAGUAUCAUUGUUAACUGGGAUGAAACAUUAGUUUAAAAUGUUUUAAACUUGGAACAAACAGGUCUUUCAUAGUGAGAGUGAAGGUGAAAACGUGGGCUGAUUUAUAACAGGUUGAGUUUUUAUAAACAGAAGUACAUCAAAAAAGAUUCCAUUGUUGAAAAAUAUACAAAUACUGAAACACAAUUACUACACACAAGUAAGUGGCCAUGUGGGUGUUCCAUGUGAAUCGGUGAUGUUGAAUCCGUUCCCGACCGGACUUCUCCGUGAGGUUUCCGAACAUACCAAUGAACAACAUUACAAGACAAUUACGUAACAGCUGAGCUCCGCGAGGAGGGUAAUUUGAAUUUGUUAUAAGUAAAAUCAAAAAUGAUCCGAAAUAUCAGCGGAACUAUCGCUCCUGUAAACUAUUCGGAAUCUUUAAAAGACUCAAAGAACCCAUGGUCCACGUUUUCUCCCUAUAUCGAUGUUGGAUCUUUGGAAAAAGUGCUUACUUUGGCACGAAAGAAGGGGCAGUUGCCACAGGAGCUGGGAGAAGAUCGUUACAAUGAAAUAAAGAAAAGAGUGAGGGAAACAUCCAAGUCAGUACAGUUGAUUGAACAACUGGAGAAUCUGAGCAGUCUCCAAACUUCGUUGAGUAAAGUAAAAGAAAAAAUUUGCGAGCAUCAUUUGGAACAGGAAACCAAAGACUUGACAGAUCCAAACAGCUUAGAUGAAAAGAUUAAAAAGUUAGAGGAUCUGGCACGCCAUUUUUCUGCCAAUGUUGACAAGAAGGAAGAGCUUGUCAACAGGCUGCAACAACCAUUUGUCGGAGACUAUAUUAACAUUGAUGCUGAAUACCAAAAGUAUUUGGUAGAUGCGAUUUCACAACUUUCAGACAUCCUUACUAAUGUAACAACUUAUGUGGACAAUUUGACGUGGAACUGCACCUUCACUUGGGAAGACAGCACAUUGGAGAAAAUCCUCGGUGGAAUGUCGUCGACAUUGGCUCAAAUGCAAAGCUUUUUUCAAGCAUCGUUUCAACAAAGAAACCUUAUGUCAAAAAGACUUGGAGAAACUCGAAAAUUACACGACUGAAUAUAUAUUUACGUAGAUGCUUCUUCCUUCUAUUUAAGACAAUAUAACGCAAAAAAGAUGGCGACAUCUUGGCAAUAUUUUGAUGCGGAAUUUAAGAGCCUCGACUGCACGAUUGCACGUUGAUCACAGAUAUUUAUUUAUUGAUAAACGUUUAUUAUUUUUAUUCAGUACCGAAUCAGAAAUUCAAUUGUGACGCGAUUCUAAACACACAUGUAAUUCAUUGUGCGAUCAACUCGGCCCUUUUCAAGACGCAUGCAUUGGCUGCAAAGCUCCCGACACAGUACGACUGAAUAAUCUUCAGUGCGGUGUUUAGGACUAAGUUUAGGGUUAAGGGUUUAAGGUUAUGUACGAGGUAAAGUUAAUGUCGAAUUGGUGAGUGGGCCGGGUUGACCGUAGUUCUGAAAUUCACGGUAUUCUAUGAUAAUAGCUUUGCAAUAAAGUCGAAACAGGGAAGGGGGGGGGGGGCAUAGAGAUUAUAAGAGAUUUGACUUAACUCAAAUUCAUUUGUUGCUUUGGUAGCAGAGCCGUCCCGAUUUUGUAGCCCCUAAUUGCAAAAUCCGGUGUAUGAUAAUAAUAAUAAUUUAAAUACUAAGUAAAAAGUGAAUUGCUUUCCAAAGAAAUCGGUCGGGAUCAACUGAAUAUAUGAUCUAACCCCCCGUUUCAGAAUUGAAUUUCUGAUUCGAUUUUUGAUUUAACAGAUUCACUAAUUAUUUAGCACGUAGUUUUAAACCAUUACGGAGAGGCAAACGUUUUAAUAAAGAAAUGCUACAA